UCCAACUUUUUCACCAACAAACCGUCACGCACAUUACUAAUUAAGCAGUUAAAACGAGCAGAUCGCGUUGACGGUUCGGUAUAUUUUCGGCGAGUUCGAUCGUGUCAAAUUAUUAAUAGAAAUUGAAUGCGAAAUAGUUUGAGGAAGUUUAAAGGAUGCAUAUAAACUUUCACUUAAUGCUUUUGACACUUCUGCAAUUAUGCUUGUUGUUGUUGCCGGCAGCAAACGCGCAAGCUAUGCUAGAGUUGCCAGUCGAUGUGAAUGAAAUGCCCAUUAAUUUGGUGGAAAUACCGCGUACGAGCAUCCUGGCGCGUAUUCCAUUCUUUCGCAACUUUCUACGUGCAGUGCGUCCGAACGCGCACGUCGGCCGAAAAUCCGAUUAUCGCAGUGAGUUCGAUGAGAACUAUAUCAACUAUCACGGCGCUCAGUUGUGGAAGGUUAUAUUUAAUGCAACGCGCAAACGCAGCAGCUUUAACAAGCGCACGGAAAUGAUGCAGACUUUUGUGGAGAAAUUCGGCACUGAGGUAUGGAAUAUAAAUCAGGAUGGUAUCGAUGUCUUAAUUGACUACAAGAAUACAGCCAAAGCCAAAGAGUUCAUAGCGAAAACAGAUUUCACCUACAAUAUAAUGAUUGACGAUAUUGAAACGGCGAUCGAUGAGACUUAUACGGAAGUGAAUAACAGCAAUGCAAAUAUGCCGUGGUUAGAUAGAGACAGUACAAUAUUGAAUUGGAAUCGCUACCACGAUAUUGGUGAUAUACAGCAGUUUCUGCAGCACAUUUUGGAAACAUAUCCGGAUUUGGCGGAGAUAGUGCAAAUCGGUGUGACGCAUCACAAACGACCGUUGGAAGUGCUGCGCAUCUCCAACGGCAAUCCCAAGAACUGGGCUGUCUUCAUUGACGCCGGCAUGCAGGCACGCGAUUGGCUGAGUCCCGCCGCGCUAACACUCGCCAUUUCGAAGCUAACUUGGCUGUGGGACAACGAGCCGUCGGUUAUGCAUAACAUAGAUUGGUAUUUCUUGCCGGUGGCGAACCCGGAUGGUUAUCAAUACGCGCGCAUCACCGAUCGUCUGUGGACGAAGAAUCGCUAUUUCGAUAGUCAAACCGGUUGUUAUGGCGUUAAUUUGAAUCGCAACUACGACUAUCAGUGGGGUGGUGCGGGUUCAUCUGAAAAUCCCUGCAAGAACCUCUUCAGAGGUCCGAAAAAAUUCUCCGAACCGGAAACGAAAGCAAUACGUACCUUUAUGCAUAAUAUGCGUGAAUUUCUGGGCGCAUACGUUUCGUUCGGCGCCUAUGGCCAGGCAAUCGCCUAUCCGUGGGGUGAUGCGGACUACGUGACGGACAACCAGCGCAAGCUGCACAAUGUAGCGCGACGUGCAAUGUUGAACUUUCGCAAAUUGAAUCAAGCCGAGUACCGUGUGGGCACUAGCUAUCGACUGAAAUUGGCACGCGCCGGCAACUCGGCCGACUGGGUGCAGCAACGCAUUAAUCCCCAAUACGUUUACAAUGUAUUUCUGAAGGACCAAGGGCGCUAUGGGUACUUGAUGCCGCCGCAUUACAUUGUCGAAUCGGGCGAGGAGGUUUACGAAUUUAUGAAGACAAUAGCGACGGCGCUGAAUUGAAGCCGAGCCAAAAACUGCAUGCCACAAAUCCAUGUGGUUGAGAAGGAAUAUUAAACAUUCCACCCUUUUGCAAGGAGGGUGGAAGAGCACAAAAUGCAUGGCGCGAUUGGGAAAUUUCAAACUCUUAAAAAACAAAAAAAAGUAUUUAAACAAAGUUUAGCAGACGCUUUCAACUUUUUUGCAUGCGAUGUUAGGUUUAAGCAAACAUAUUUACUAAAUAAUUAAGCUUAUUUAUUUAUAAAUUUUAGUGUAAAUAUGGACGAAAAUAAUAAAAUGCAAUUAGUUUAAGGUUUCUGUGCACUAAUUUCUCGCCUCGAGGUUAAAAAUGCCGACAAGGCAAAGCAACAUGAGACCUCGCAAACAUUUUGCACAAAUAACGGUCAAUACCGACGAGGCAGUUGCCUAAACAAAAUGCGACAUGAAGCAGGCCAAACAAAUUGCAUAGAUAACGGUAAAUAUUUAAGUUUCUAAGUACUACUUCCUCAUCUCGAGGUUAAAAAUGCCGACGAGGCAGUUGUCU